CAGCACCAGAUGAAAAUGCAAUAUUCAAUAGCGAGGCUUAAUUUCAGUAAACAACUUUUAGAGAACGCGCCCUCGACAACACAGAGAGAGGUAUUAUUUUUUGGAAGAGUAGAUCCUUACCUCAACAGUCGGUGGGAAAAAAUUGAAUCCGACAUGAAUAUAUAAAUGAAUAAUAUUGGAUUAGCUCCGAUCGUUGCGUUUGGAGAAGAAGAGGAGGCGAGCAGGGGGUGGGAGCUCUCCUCAAGUGAACCCGGUGAACUGGCGUGAACCCGUCAGUGACCACGAGGAUCCUGGUCCCAAGGAAUCACAGAGUUCAUGGUGCCCGGAUAAAGCGUCAGAGUGAAGCCUCUCUGCUCCCAGCUGCUAUGUGCUCUGUAACCGGAUCAGGCCAGAGAGAGGGUCGGACCGGAGGAUUGUUUGCCUCCAAACGAGCCAAUGAGACCGGCUUUACAUUAGACUGACAGCCCGCCUCAUCGAGCCGGGAGACGCCAAUCUGGUCUGACAACUUUCAGACAGCCAAUACGAAGAGGAACGGAGGGAAAAAAUCCAAAUACGAAUCUGGCUUCCUGUAAGGUCGAACACGUUACCUCUCACCUCACCUGAGCGUUUGGAGGAGAAAGGGGAACAAAUCGUGGCGAUGUCGCAGUGCCUUGAAGACUCACCUCUCCGGUUAGGGACCAAACUCAUCGGGGAAGACGAGCUGAAGCUGCAGGAGCUGUACAACGAGAGGCACCGGCUGGCUCUGGAGGAGCUGCUGUCGGGAGGAAUAGACAACUUUCUGGAGUUCCUCAGGAAAGAGAGGAUCCCCAACUUUCUGUCGGACGAUGAGAUGCAGCGGAUCCGCAGCGCUGCUGUUCCUCCUCCGCGGUGUGUGUCUUUCCUCGGGGAGGAGCAGGGCACGGAGCUCAGCAGCUCGCUGGACUGCUCCUCAGUCACGUAUUUCCCCGAGGUGUCGGACGUGGAGCCGCCGGUGCUGGAGCUCGGCUGGCCGGGCUUCACCGCAGGCUCGUACCGGGGAGUGACGCGGGCCGUGGCGCACUUCCAGCCGAGCUACGGGGAGAGCAUCUACAGCUGCAAGGAGGCUGCCAGGCGGAUGAUCCAGAGUGCCAGAGAGGUGAUUGCCAUAGUUACAGACUCCCUGACAGACCUGGAUAUCUUUAAGGAUCUUCAGGAGGCUUGCACCCUACGCAAAGUCCCCGUCUACAUCCUGCUCGACCAAUCGUGUGCUCCGGCUUUCCUCAAGAUGUGCAGAAAUGUCAACGUUCGCCUGGACGACCUUCGGCAAAUGAAAGUGCGAACCAUAACUGGUACAAUUUAUUACAUGAGAUCAGGAGCCAGGAUUACCGGGGAGGUUCACGAGAGGUUCAUGCUGAUCGACGGCAACAGAGUGGCGACAGGCUCCUACAGGUACAACUGGACCGACGGCAAACUGAACAGCAGCAACCUGAUCGAGCUCUCUGGCCAGGUCACAGAGAAAUUUGACGAGGAGUUUCGGAUCCUGUACGCUCAGUCUCAACCUGUGAACACUCGAGGACCUCCGAGUGUCCGGAACAGCGGCAUCUUCGAGCAGCUCCUCAUCAAAAACCUGGGGGCCUCCUCCCCUCACCUGGCCAGAGAGAGGCCUCUAGAGUCAGCGCGUCUCACCAGCACACCGAGCCGCAGAGCCUUAAAUCUCUCUGUCCAGCCCCCGUGUGAAGCCUCGACUCCAGAUAACCACAAAAGCAACCCGGUGUCCAACACCUCCACUUUAGAUGAGGACUGGACGCAGGGGCCGCACACGCAGGAGGAGAUCCUGGCAGGAAGCACAACUCAGCGUUUAUCCGCAGAUCAGCUCACAGAGAAAGAACCAGCGAGCUCCAUCACCUGCCACGCCUCCACUCAGACCGGCCUGUCGGUGACGGACAGCGACACGCAGACUGACCAACAGAUCACGCCUCAAACCCAGGCCGCCUCUCUUUCCUCUCCGAGGCAGAGCUCAGCAGCAGACGGCGCCGUAAAGCACUGCUUCAACCAGCUGAAGGAGGAGCGCCAGCACCACUACUCCAACAUCCGCUGCAAGCUGGAGCACAUGGUGACCAACCUGUCCCAGAGGCGCGAGCUGGCGGACGUCACCAACAUGACUCAGGGGCCUGGAGCUCACAGCCAGCAGAGGGAACACAAAGACAGCGAGCAGGAACCAAACCCCAGACUGCUUGGUGAAAGUGCGGGCAUGGGCACGUGGCCAAGAGCCAGAUGUGUGCACUAGUUUGUCCUCUGGGAUUUUUCAGAAGGAAGGUGGUGGGGGAAGAGCUGUGCCAAGGUUUCUAGAGGAUCCUCUGUUUUAAAUAAAGGGUUCUGGUUUAUGCAGUAGGUUAUUUUAUUCUUUUUGUAGGUUUUUUAAAGGACUUUAUUGUCACGGAGGCGUGUGGCGCAGUGGAAAGGUCCUUGGUGUUGGGAUCAGGGGGUCACAGGUUCAAACCCCACUGCAGUCAGCAUGUCGUUGUGUCCCUGGGCAACACUUCACCCAAAUUGCUCCUGUGGGGAUUGUCCACAGUAUUGAGUAUGUAAGUCGCUUUGGAUAAAAGCGUCUAACAAGUAACAUGUAAUGUAAUGUCAUAUGCACUGCUACAGUGUAGAUAUGCAAGCAAAGGCUCCUCCAACAAUAAAACAUGAAUAUAUAUAGAAGACAAAUCCAAAUAAAAUAGUGCAAGAGAAUAUUGCAAGACUAGUUUGCAAAUAAUGCAGGAGAAGUUAACUAAAUGCAACUAAAAUAGAAUAAGAUAAGCUAAAAAUAGAAUGUAAAAUGAAUGCUGUAUAGUCUGCUUUGCUCACUUUUGUCCUUUUCAUUUUGUGUCCUUUCCACGUCUAAAGCUUUAUUUGUGUAACGCAGAACUGUAACCAAAGACAGUGCAAUAAUACUCUUUUUUAAAACAUCUCCGUUUAAUUAAAAAUCAUUCACACAGCACAGGCGAUUAACACUGGAUAAUAUCUGCUGUAGUUUGAGUGAAAAGUGCUGUUUUGGUUGUUUAAUCACAGUUGGCUGCUGUUUCUGCUUCUGAACAACAUUCCUGGGGGCUGCUGGCUCUCGCUGCGCUUUGCUAAUAAACAAAGUAGUGUUUUGCUA